CUCUCUCCCCACCCGGCUGAGCCUAAACUACUGAAAGAGGGGGAGACGGGUUGGUGUUUCAGUUUCGGUACUUACUAAUCACACCCUCCAGUCUGAGCAUAGAGAACAGUAAUUGGUCGAUUCGUUCAAGGAGACAAAAGGAAUAAGGUCCCUGCUGAGGGGCUCCCAUAACUACCUCUCCUACGUCCCGUUCCCUUCUCCCCCACCCCUCACUGCAUGGUACCGGCGGAGGGCGGAGGGAUCUGGAGGCGGCGGAGGGAGACGUCAUUGCAGGGUUGUUUGUGCAACCUCGGCGGCGGCGGUGACCCACAGUGAUUCGGCCGCCGCGCCGGGGGGUGGGGGGGCUGCGCGGGACUCUUUUCUUUCAGACUGACCGCGGGGCUGCUGGGGAGCAUGUCGACCCCGGCCCGGAGGAGGCUUAUGCGGGAUUUCAAGCGAUUGCAAGAGGACCCACCUGUGGGUGUCAGUGGCGCACCAUCUGAAAACAACAUCAUGCAGUGGAAUGCAGUUAUAUUUGGACCAGAAGGGACACCCUUUGAAGAUGGUACUUUUAAACUAGUGAUAGAAUUUUCUGAAGAAUAUCCAAAUAAACCGCCAACUGUUAGGUUUUUAUCCAAAAUGUUUCAUCCAAAUGUGUAUGCUGAUGGUAGCAUAUGUUUAGAUAUCCUUCAGAAUAGAUGGAGUCCAACAUACGAUGUAUCUUCUAUCUUAACAUCAAUUCAGUCUCUGCUGGAUGAACCGAAUCCAAAUAGUCCAGCCAAUAGUCAGGCAGCACAGCUUUAUCAGGAAAACAAACGAGAAUAUGAGAAAAGAGUUUCGGCCAUUGUUGAACAAAGCUGGAAUGAUUCAUAAUAGACAACUGGUCUGUUAAUCUUUUUCAUCAUUGUUGUGUAUAAUUUACCUCUCAGUAGAAAGGCUAACAAAUUUUAAGUGCCACAGGUUUUAAGGAUUCUGCAGAAAAAAAGUCCUUCAGUUUAGAACCUACAAAAGCUUGUGUAUCUUGAUUAAUGUACUUUUUAUUGCAUGGUGUGAACUAAGUUAUUGCUUACAUAAAUUUGUAAUAUAUCCUGUUUGUAUUUUUUUCCAAGUGUAUAAUGUUGGUGUGGAGUUUUCAUGACAGAAUAUACACAUUUUGUAAAUCUGUACUUUUUUCAAAUAUUGAAUGCCUUAUUUUUGAAUUCUUUAGAUUUUUAAAUUGGAGAAAAGCACUUAAAGUUUUUUAUAUAUGAAUAUUACAUGUAAAGCUGUUAAAAUACAUACUUCAGUGCAAGAGACUUUGUCACUUAUUUCCUUAUCUAAGUAGGAGGGGUUAAUAAGUCUCUAGCUCUCUAUCAAUUGAUUGUUUCAUUUCCAAUUUCAAAAGAACAGAUUUAUAUUUUAUCAAGAAAUUCAGAUUUGAUUCUAAAUACCAAUUAUAAUCUCAAACUUUAUUUUGAAUGUACCUGUAUUAGUUUUAGUUGAACAAUUAUAACUGGUUUGAUUCUGUCCAACUCUGUAUUUAGGCCACUUAUUACUGUUUCUUCAUGCACUACUUACUGCUAAAGUGUACCCUUUGAUUUCACAAUUCGCACCUCCACCAUGGGGUAUUGGCACCUCUACCUUGAGCAGAGAGCUUAUGAAACUUACUUUGCUGCUUGAUAACACUGUAAAAGAUUUUUGAUAAUGAAGAAAGUAAAAUGAUCAACAUUUAACAAAAAUCCAUGCCCUACAAUUAACAAUAUAAGAAUUUGUUGCAUUGGUUUGAACAAGGCAGAUAUUUGGAAGGAAUCUUAGUGUAAUUUAAAUAUUUGAAAACUGCCUUUUAAUGCAAUUGCCUAUCUGUUUAUUCUGGAAAAAUGUUUUAAUACCAGGGCCUGUUGAGUUGCUUUCUCUUGUGGAGAUUUUUUUUUUAAAUCUCCUAAGUUGUAUAAAAGCUGUACUGCAUCUUAGUUUACUGGAUAAACUUAAAACACAGUAUUUGUAGAAAGCUUAUUCCAAGCUAUCCUAUGCCUUCAAAUAGUAUAGAAAAUGGAAAAUAUACAAGUAAAUUCUGUUGAACCA